UUCCUUCCCAGGAAGCCGUGGGCCGCGGCUAUUCGGCCUCUCUAGGCCGGCGGGUCCUCCACUCCAUGGUCCUGUCUGUCACCGCUGCGUCAGGAGUCCCCCGCCAAGGCCCGGCCGCGCUCGGACGCUUCGAUCCUCGAGCCGGGCGCGGGUAUCCCGGCGGCCGCGGGACGAUGGCGCGGUGGCACUGACAGGCGCGGGCGGCUGCCGAGCCCCGCGGGCCGGCAUGGCGGGCCAGUUCCGCAGCUACGUGUGGGACCCGUUGUUGAUCCUGUCGCAGAUCGUGCUCAUGCAGACAGUUUACUAUGGCUCUCUGGGCCUGUGGCUGGCGCUGGUGGACGCGCUAGUGCGCAGCAGCCCGUCCCUGGACCAGAUGUUCGACGCGGAGAUCCUGGGCUUCUCCACCCCUCCAGGCCGGCUCUCAAUGAUGUCCUUCGUCCUCAACGCCCUCACCUGUGCCCUGGGCUUGCUGUACUUCAUCCGGCGAGGGAAGCAGUGCCUGGAUUUCACUGUCACUGUGCAUUUCUUUCACCUCCUGGGCUGCUGGCUCUACAGCUCCCGUUUCCCCUCGGCGCUGACCUGGUGGCUGGUCCAAGCUGUGUGCAUUGCACUCAUGGCCGUCAUCGGGGAGUACCUGUGUAUGCGGACGGAGCUCAAGGAGAUCCCCCUCAGCUCAGCCCCUAAAUCCAAUGUCUAGAGCUGGGCCCUUUGGACACUCUGCUGACACUUGGGCCCCAUCACCUUGGGCUGCUCAGACCUCCAGAUGGGGUCUGGCCCAAGUCUGAGCAGAACCCUGGAAAUGUGAAGUCUGUUGGUGGAGAGAUAGUGAGGUCCCAUCAUAAAGGCAGGUAGCAGCCAUGAUCACAGAUGCAAGAAUGGCCUCUGCCUGCCAACGCCUUGAUAUCAGGAGGCCAAUAAGGGACCUCAUGGAGGGUAGUGACAGAUUUGGAACCAUGUCACAUGAGCCAUCAUACUGUCACCAGCCUGUUAUUUUAAAAAGAAAAAAAAAAAUCAAGGAUAUCUGAUUGGAAUAAACCACUCUUCUCAUUGUCUGUCUUA